UUUCAUUACAGAGUACAUGUCUUCUGGAAGCCUGAAGCAGUUUCUAAAGAAGACAAAGAAGAAUCACAAGACCAUGAAUGAAAAGGCAUGGAAACGCUGGUGCACUCAGAUAUUAUCUGCCUUAAGCUAUCUGCAUUCAUGUGAACCUGCCAUUAUCCACGGGAACCUGACCUGUGACACCAUUUUCAUACAGCACAAUGGACUCAUCAAAAUCGGCUCAGUGGCCCCAGACACCAUUAAUAACCAUGUGAAAACAUGUCGGGAGGAACAGAAGAGUUUGCACUUCUUUGCUCCAGAGUAUGGAGCUGUUGCAAGUGUCACUACAGCUGUGGACAUCUAUUCCUUUGGAAUGUGUGCCUUAGAGAUGGCUGUGCUGGAAAUCCAAAGUAAUGGAGAGUCCUCAUAUGUGUCACAAGAAGCCAUUAAUAGUGCCAUUCUGUUUCUGGAGGACCCACUGCAGAGAGUGAGUAUAGAUUGUCAGGACUUAAAUUAUUUGCAUUCAAAGAUGCACUACCGUUUAAACGGGUCCUCUUAA